ACUGCCUGUUCUUGAAUGUGUCUCUUUGUCCACCCAACAGCUUCUUAUUCCUUCUGCCUCUCGCAAUGAGUAUACAUGUGGCCUUCACGUUUUUCUCUGUCCUUAUGACCUUCUCUACCUCUUCGUAAUAUCUAAUCCAAUAGUAAUCUAUUACAUCUGUGGAUAUGUGAAAGGCUUUAGCGUGGAAUUAAUAAACAACUACCAGCCUUUUUCUGUAAUAGCAAAAUUGGAUGAAUAGCUUUCCAAGUCAAAACAUCACUUUGUUUCCUCUUCUGCUUGGGCCUCAUUCAUACUAGAAAAUUGUCUUAUGACCAUAAGCAAGCCUCCAGAAUAUCACCCAACUCUUCAUUCUUCAUGUUUGAACCAAAAUUUAGAUAAAAGCUGAAUCGUUAGUCAUGUUGUUUCCAGCUAAAAUCCUUCCAGAGGCGAUACAUACUAACACAUGUCCAGGAGGAAACAGCAAGCACAAAGAUUUUGAGCUUCCAGUUGCCUGUCACUUCAACACACCAUCGUGUUCCCUGGCCAACAUCUGUCUCAGGCUUCCGGCAGUGCUUCAGCACAAGCUGGAAGAACGGCACCUCAUUUUCCGCUUGGGAACUCUACAGCCUUCUGGACUCAAUACUGAGUUCAACAAUUUUAGACUUGAGACGUCUCCUCCUAUGCCCUCACCCCAACCCCCACACACUAGGCCUUGUUAUCAUGUGGUCUGUUAUUUGCACACCACCCAUCAUUAGCCACUAACUGUCCACUAAUAGCCAUUCAUCCUCUCAGGCUGAUCAUUAUCCACUGCUUUGUCUGUCCAACUGUUCUUCUUUUUCUUUGGGCUCUAUCUCCAUCUAUCAUUAACUCCAACCACUACCCCUCCCAAUCUUCUGCAUAAGAACCAACUUUUUCUGUAAGUUCUGAGGAAGGGUCAUUGAUCCCAAAAUGUUAACUCUGAUUUCUGUCAGACCUGCUGAGCCUUUACAGUAAUUUCUGUUUUUGUUUCUGAUUUCUAGCACCUGCAGUUCUUUCACUUUUUAAACACAAAGUUGUCCCUCCCUCUCAGAUAGGCUAACUCUGUCUUAAAUUAGUACAUGGUUGUAAGGUUCUUUGGGUAUUAGAAAGUGGUGCUGAUGGUGAUACCUAACCCAAAUUAGCAUUAUUCAUUUUAAUUUUAAAAUUUUGUCUGUAUAUUCUAAUAGCAGAAGGAAAAGGUUUUGACAAGUUUGUGCUUGCCCAGCUGACUCAGCUGUUCAUGACUAUGAAACUGGAGUGCCGAACCUAUGAGGGUCCCAGCCUUCCUUUAAAGUAUCGAGUCAAAUCUUUCAUUACACCAGGACGCUCAGUGGAAAGCCUGGUAGAUGAACAACUCUACAACAAAGUUAAGAAUGCCCUGACUGAUCUUCUUGGAGCAAGGAAUUACUUUGCUUCCCGUGUGCUGACACCAUAUGGCUAUACACUAGAUGCUGAGAUUAAAUUGGACGAAGAAGGAUAUGUGUUCCCUGCCUCUCAGCGCGAAGCAGUAUUUAGAAGAAUAGCACUCUGCAUUGAUGACCAGAGCAGGUUCUCUCUAAGUACUCAGAAUCUACUUGGUAAGGAAGCUAUCAAACAGAGGCAACUACAGCUACUGGGCUACGAUGUUGUACAGAUUCCAUUCUAUGAAUUUGACAAGCUACAGAACAAUAAGGAAAUGGUGGAAUACCUUCACAAGAAGAUCUUUCCAUACAGCUACAGACUUGCUUGGUGAUAAAAGCUAAAACAAAGAGUGAGUUAAUUUCCACCUUUAGAAAGCCAUUGUCAGCUGUAGGCAAUAUGUAUUGGUGGCCACCUUUACCUAUUUUUUUUGUCUUGAUUACAAUUGUAUAAAUAAAACCAUUAUUGAAAAUAAUGUGCAAAAAUAAACUCCUGAAAUAAUAUUA